AUGGAAGGCGCCGCGGCGUUUGGAUCGCCCAGUAAUGGGGACUCCCCCAACGGCAACGCCAUUCUAGCGCAGCCUCCGCUGGAAGGAGAGAACUCUGCAAAUGCUGGUCAAGAUGUGCAGAUGUCAGAAACCGGCGUGCAGGACGCCAACAUCAAGCAGGACAGCUCCACGCCGAAUCCUGCUGCCACAACCGGGAAUCCGCUCGACGCGCCUGCUGCCCAGGGGCCCAACACUGCACAGCCCGACGAAGAGAUGGGCGACGCGCCAGCAGAGCCCAAGGAGGGCGGCGAGGCCGGUGCUGCUGAGACUGAAGGACAGGAGGCGAAGACGAAGGAAGCAAUUGAGUCGGCGGCUCGCGACCACCUCAUCUCGCAAGCGCAUGCCAUUGUUCUCCCUAGCUACUCGACGUGGUUCGACAUGAACGCUGUCCACGACAUCGAGCGCAAGGCCAUGGCCGAGUUCUUCAACAACCGCAACCGAAGCAAAACGCCGGCUGUGUAUAAAGAUUACCGCGAUUUCAUGAUCAAUACCUACCGCCUGAACCCUGUCGAAUAUCUCACCGUCACGGCCUGCCGCCGAAACCUGGCAGGCGAUGUCUGCGCCAUCAUGCGCGUGCAUGCCUUCCUCGAGCAAUGGGGCUUAAUCAAUUAUCAGGUCGACGCCGAGCAGCGCCCAUCGCCUGUUGGCCCUCCCUUCACCGGCCACUUCAAAAUCAUCUGCGAUACACCUCGCGGUCUGCAGCCCUGGCAGCCGUCUGCUGACCCAAUUGUCCUCGAGGGCAAGAAGAACGCCGACACUGAGAGCAAGGCCAACGCGGCGGCACCUACCAAGGGAGACCUUAACCUGGAAAUCGGACGCAACAUCUACGAGGCCAAUGCUAAGGGGGUCGCAGUUAGCAAGACCGAGACCGGCGCCAACGGCGAAUCUGCUGCCACAAAUGGUGUAAGCGGCUCGCCCGAUCUCACUAAGACACCAAUUGCCAAAGUCAACUGUCACCAGUGUGGUAACGAUUGCACUCGUGUCUACUACCACAGUAACCAGACGGACGCCAGCACAAAGGGCAAAUUCGAUCUGUGCCCCAACUGCUUCACCGAGGGCCGACUACCCGCCAACCAUACUGCCAGCAUGUAUGCCAAGGUGGAGAACCCUACGUACACUGCAACGAUUGAUCGCGAUGCCCCGUGGACCGACGCCGAAAUUCUGAGACUUCUGGAAGGACUUGAGCGGUUCGAUGAUGACUGGGGCGAGAUUGCCGAGCACGUUGGCACUCGAACACGCGAAGAGUGCGUGCUGCAGUUCCUCCAGCUUGAUAUUGAGGAGAAGUACCUCGACGCGGAGUCACAUGUCAACGCACCGGCCGGACUGUCUCUUCUGGGCACUCAGGGUGGUCAGCUGCCCUUCAGUCAAGUCGACAACCCAGUCAUGUCGGUGGUUGGAUUCCUUGCCAGCCUGGCUGAUCCGGCCAGCACGGCUGCUGCUGCGAACAAGUCUGCCGAGGCCCUGAAACGCAACCUGCGCAAACAGCUGGAUGGCAGCAAGUCUACGACUAACGGCAGCAGUGCCGAGGCUGGAGACGAACAGGAGAAGGGCGACUCAAUGGAUCUGGAUGUCCGUAAGGAGGAGCACGGAUCCAAGCAGUCCAAGAGCGCUGAGCUGGCCUCUAUUCCCCUGGCUUCGAUGGGUGCUCGUGCCGCGGCAUUUGCUUCUCACGAGGAGAGGGAGAUGACUCGCCUAGUGUCGGCGGCGACAAACGUGAUGCUGCAGAAGCUCGAGCUGAAGCUCAAGUACUUUAGCGAGCUUGAGGCUGUGCUCCGGGAAGAGCGUCGUGAGCUUGAGCGGGGUCGCCAACAAUUGUUCCUGGACCGCCUGGCAUUCCGCAAGCGUGUGCGGGAGGUGCAGGACGGCCUCAAGGCGGCGGCGGAGGCCGGUGGUGAGCAGGCGGUGCGCCAGGCGCAUGAGGCUAUGCGGGACGGCGAUUCGCUUGGGUUCCAGGCGGUGGCGGCCGGAGCCGGCAUGCAGCCGCCGAGUGCGGAGGGCGCAGUUAAGUCAUUCGAGGCGUAA